AUGACAACAACCAAAUUACGCACUCGUCCAACACGCUCAACGCAAUCACACCCCCAACAGAAACCAAUAUCAGUCGGUUCUGACCUCAUAUCAAACUCGUCAACCUCCUUAGGAAAGUCAGUUCCUCCCCCAUCAAAGCCGAUUCCACCAUCGCAACAACAUGAACAAUCAUCACCAACAUCUAACAAAAAUCAAACAACUGCAACUAUUACCACGCACAACCACUCUGCCAAACCUACUCCCAUACUCAACCAUGAACAACAACUAACGCAACUCGGCAACCAACUCUCGAGCAAACUCCACCAACUCGCAACCAUCUACAAGACAAAAGCCACCAAAUACAAAGCCAUCACCACUUAUCAAUCGCUCGAAUUGGAAAAACGCAAAAUUAUAACAACAACAUCAACCAUGCUUAAACUGGAAACUCAACUGGAGAAAAUUCAACAAAUUAUUGGAGAUUCAAAUGCAUUGUUGUUUCCCAUGUCGUUGAAGCAACAUUAUUUGAAAUUGCAUAUUGCUCAAAUUGUUAAUCAAGAAAAAGAACUUGCUGUACUCAGAUCUGAUAUUGGAAAAUUACAUCAACAGUUUGUUAGUAUUGAAUCAUUGCUCACCCAUGAUGUUCCUUAA